AUGAAUCUGCUAUCCACCCUCGUGGUGGUGGUGGUGGUAGGUCUGACAAACCUCAUCGCCGCGCAGGACUGCUACGCCCAGCAAAGCGAAUCUGGGCAGGGGCUGGUGAUAUACAGUCAGGCCCAACUGGACCAGCUCACCCAGAAUUGCACGCAGCUGCACGGGGACCUGGUGGUCGGCACGAACUACACAGGGAGCUUCAUCGUGCACAAUGUGACCAAUAUCACUUCGAGCAUCGGGCUGAACAACAGCACCACGGGCUUGACCUCGCUCGAGGCGCCCGACCUCGUCGCUCUGUACAGCGCGGGGUUUUAUUGCCCGUCGUCGCUGCGGUCGAUCUCGCUGCCGCGGCUGGAGACGGCCGAGGUUCUGACGGUGAAAGCCGGCUCCGCAAUCACCGUCUCGACCCCGAGUCUGCGGAAUGUGAGCUACCUCAACUUGUACGGGAGUAGCAUCAGCUUCGACUUCCCCAAACUCGAACUGAUCACGACUGGCUCGUCCAUCUGCGGCGAGGCAGGAUGUGACAUGAUGUCGAGCCAGGCUAUGGACGUUGAUUUACCCGCGCUGCGGGAGGCGGCGAGUCUGUCCGUAGGAGGGAAUGUGUCAAGUCUCUCGCUACCCGUCCUGGCGUCCGCUGGCAACAUCACCCAAGCAAUGACCACCGGCUACGGCUCCUACGGCGCAGGCCUCUCCGUGUACACGACACAGCUCCUCAACUUCUCCGUCCCGGAACUAAGCUAUCUGAACGGCACCCUUUCGCUGCAAGGGGUGUUCAACGACAGCAUCUCCACCCCUUCCCUCAUCAACGCAACCGGCGACAUCGUCAUCGAAGCCUGGACGCCAGUUGGCCUGAAUUUCUCCACCCUCGAAUACGUCGACGACAUCACCAUAACCGGCACCAUCACCAGCGCGGAUUUCUCCUCCCUCCGCUCAGUCAAUCAAUUCUCCCUCUCCUCCUCCCAGUACCUCAACUGCGCCAACGUCCUCCCCAGCAACACGAGCUUCGUGCAGGCGCACUGCGACGCCGCCCCGCAGAAGAAGUCUGCGCUGGCCCGCAAUGUCGGGAUCGGUGUCGGGGUUGGCGUUGGCGUCUCCUUGUUGCUAGCGGUAGCUGGGAUCUGGAUCUACCGGCGGCGGCAGGCAGCGAGGAAGAAGAAGGGGAAGGCGCCGGUGACUCGGAGUGGGAGUAGUAGUGGGACUGGAGAGGAUAGCACGGUCGAGCUGAGGCCGAUUUUGGGUUAUGCUUAA